CCCUGCUCUAGGUAGAGCUAGAGAAUGAUGAGUAGCGGAGCAGUGGGAGAAUUGAACCCGAUGGUUUGGGAUAAACCUCCUCUCCCACCUGAAGGUAAACGUCCUAUGAGUCCAGGAUUGAGUAGGAAAUCAUGCAAAUCUCCAACCCUGAGAAAUUUUUAUCCAGAACCAAUUCGUCAAACUCAAAGACCAAUAUCUCCUACUCCAGAGGCUGAAAUUGCCAAAAUAUUAAGUUUUGAGAUUCCUCCUAAACGAAACUCAGUUGUGGUUCCAGUAACUGGAUACGACCUUGAAGACUCACAUACAUUCCGUCCCAUCUCUCCCUCUCCAAUAACAGGAUCUAUGGAUGAUUCUAGACCAAUGUCUCCAACUCCUAGACCUUUCUCUCCCCUUCCGGAUUGGUCUGAUGAAGAUUCUCCUCCUCUUCCUGCAUUCUCUCCUCCCUUUUCUACAUCCACAUCUCCCCUCCCCUCAUCUCCUUCACCCUCUUCUCCUCUCCCUUCUUCCCCUUCAUCUCCUCCUCCGUAUUCUCCUUCUCCGAAACCUUCUCAAACCAGAUCAUCUUCACAACCAUCAAACAUUGUUCUCCGUAUUACACCCAGGGACCGGAGAAGACCCGUCUCAGCUCCGGGUAUCCCAGGUUCACAGAAAAUAUUCUCCUCCCGUCCUCUCUCUCCUAGUUCUCAUACAUCGAGACCUAUAUCUAACUUUGAGAACUCAAGGUUUUGUAGAUAUAGGAGUUUCCAAUCUAUGGAUGAGAAGUUGAAAGAGUUCUUGAAACCCCGAGAGUCACCCCAUCCCCCUCAGGUUCUUGUUGAGCCCAAAUGGCAGGUUCCAGAGUGGAGUGUCGAGGAGGUUGUGAUGUGGGUCAACAAGUCCGGCUUCUCCGAGUACAGUGCCGGGUUCAGGGAGUCAGCCGUGGACGGAGAUAUCCUGCUCAUGCUCACAGACACAAAUAUCAGAGAUGAUAUCGGGAUCAAGAACGGGAUACUGAGGAAAAGAUUUAUGAGAGAGUUGAGAAAUCUUAAGAUAAAUGCGGACUACAGCAGUUCCGACGGAGGAACAACAUCAAACUUUCUGGCAAAGAUUAGUCCAGACUUUCGCUGCUAUACUUAUAAUUUGAUAAGUCACGAUCUAACCUACGACUACAUGCUUCGUCUUGAUGCAGUGAGUUUAGAAGAUAUGCUCAAGUAUGCCGGAGUAGAGAGCUCUAUCCAUCGUCACAGGAUCAUCGAAGCCCUGUGUUGUGAGGACGAGGAUUCAUUGGCAGACAGUGUUUACUCCGAACCCUCCUCAGACGUGUAUAUAAGUUAUCCUAGAGUCGGAGGAGCUGAACUAGCCUCUCUCAUCGCUAUGCAGAUGCAGAUGAGAGGCUUCUCCGUCCUAACAGAAUCUCAUGACGGGAGCACAGUCCCGGAGCGAGUUUUAAAUCAGAUCAAGGACUCAAGAUUCUAUGUACUAGUGAUGCCUCCGGGUGUGCUAAACCCAUGCUUGAGAAGCAAUGUGAACUACCAGUGUAGGUUACACUCGGAGCUUUCAACCGCUCUAGAAGCUGGUUGUAGUAUUAUCCCUGUAACCCUGGAGUUCCAGUGGCCUGAUCCACAGGAGUUACCCCAGGAUAUCCAGGGUCUCUGCUACUUCAACGGAGUGCGCUGGGUUCAUGAUUACCAGGACGCAUGCAUUGAUAAACUAGAGAAGUUUAUUAGACAGGAUCCGUAUCUAAGGAUCGAAUCUCCGUACUAUUUUAAAUCUGGAAGAUCGACACCAAACCGAACCUCAACUCCGUUCAUAACAUCACCUAAUAUGAAACCAAGAGGGAUGAGAAACCGAACCAUCAGUAUAGAUUCAGCUAUUGGAUCAGUAUCAUUGAUGUGAAUCUACAGUGAGAUUUAAUAUUUUGUAUCCAAUACUGCCAUUAUUUAUAGACUCGCAUAUUUAUUUUCACUAUGUAGAUAUACAAUAUUAUUAUCAUGUAUAUUUAAUAAAAUGCAGAAAUUAUA